AUGAAUGGACGGAGAAGGGUGAUGGGUUGGGGUACAUUGGACUGUAAUAACCUGACAGUCUCUGGGGCCCGAGGAGGUGUAACCAGGGAUGUUACACAUACGCUACAAGUAUCAACCUCUUUAGGAGUUUCUGCAAGUUUGGGAUCUAUCAUUUUACUCUUUAUUUUAUGGCGAUUAUUCAAAGUUACAAAAGAAGUCGUGGAGAAGGAAUAUAGAAAAAGAUUCUUCAAAAGAAACGGAGGUUUAUUGCUGCAACAAAUUUUAUCUUCUAAUAAAGUUAGUGUAGAUAAAGUCAAACUCUUUAGCUUAACAGAAUUGGAAAAGGCCACUGAUAACUUCAAUACAAAUAGAGUACUUGGAAGAGGAGGUCAAGCUACUGUUUACAAAGGCAUGUUGAUAGACGGAACAAUUAUUGCAGUGAAAAAAUUUAAAGUCCAAGGAAAGAUUGAAGAAUUCAUCAAUGAAUUUGUCAUCCUUUCACAAAUUAACCAUAGAAAUGUGGUCAAGUUGUUAGGAAGUUGUUUGGAGACUAAGAUUCCAUUGCUUGUUUAUGAAUUCAUUCCUAAUGGUAACCUUUUUGAGUACUUGCAUCAACAAAAUGAGGAUUUGCCAUUAACAUGGGACAUGCGUUUGAGAAUUGCCGCUGAAAUUGCAGAAGCCUUAUUUUACUUGCAUUCUGCUGCUUCUCGACCUAUUUAUCAUAAAGAUAUUAAGUCAACAAACAUACUAUUGGAUGAAAAGUAUAGGGCAAAAGUAGCGGACUUUGGUACAUCAAGAAUGAUCUCCAUGGAUGUUACACACCUUACUACAGUAGUUCAAGGAACAUUUGGAUACUUGGACCCUGAAUUUUUUCAAACUAGUCAAUUCACAGAAAAAAGUGAUGUCUACAGUUUUGGAGUAGUUCUUGUUGAACUCUUAACGGGGCAAAAACCAAUAACCCUCCUAAAUCCAGAAGAAGCCAAAGGUUUAGCUCCAUAUUUCAUCACAUGUGUGGAAGAAAAUUGUGUGUUUGAUAUUAUUGAUGAAAGAGUGAUGAAGGAAGGGAAAAAAGAUGGUAUCAGGGAAGUUGUCAAUCUUGUAAGUAGAUGUUUAAAUUUGAAUGGAAAGAGACGACCAACUAUGAAGGAACUCACAUUAGAAUUAGAAGUUAUCAGAAAAUUAGAAAAAAAGUCCAAUGCACAAGAAGAUCAUAAUGAACUUGUUAUAAGUGAAGAUUAUCAAUAUUGGGAUGAUAAUUCUACUAUCUUAGAAAUUAAGUCAGUUUUUGAUCUAAGUAGCAGAACACCAAUCUUAGAAGAUAUUCAUAGUCAUACCAUAUAAGAGGUAAGUACUCCUUAUUUUUGUAUUAAAUAAAAUCAUUUUGGUUAAGU